UUUUAUAUUAAACAAUAAAAAUUACUCGGAAUUUACGAAAACUCCUGAGAAUUUAGUUAUAGAGAAAACAAGAUUGCUUAGAAAUAUGAAACCUGUUAAGUGUGAAAAAUUUGCAUUCGCACUUCAGCCGAAAAUGUGAUGACUUUCGAAAAUAAGUAUAAAAAGCUAGACGAUGUUGAGCUAGAUUAUCAGUCAAAGUUGGUUUCCCGAUAGAUAACUGCACAAUAUUCAAAAUGUUCAAAAUCUUGAUGAUCUGCGCUAUUGUUGGCCUGGCCGCAGCCUUCCCAGUAGAGGAAGAUGAAGUUAUCGCUCGCAGUGAGGAUGUGCGGGCAGAUGGCUUUGUGGCCAAUCUGGAGACCAAGAAUGGCGUCACUGAGCAGCGAUCGGGUGAUGAGCAUGGAAACAUCAAGGGCAGCUUCAGCUAUACCUCCCCUGAAGGCGAGCAUGUCCUGAUCACCUAUGUGGCUAAUGAGAUCGGUUACCAACCAUCUGGUGCUGUUCUGCCAACCCCCCCACCAAUUCCAGUGGAGAUCCAGAAGGCCCUUGAGUGGAUCGCUCUGCACCCUUAUGUUGAGAAGGAGGAGACCGAGACCGAGGAAGAGAAAGAGGAAUAAUCUUUCGGUGAUCUAACCGUUAGAUUCUAACUUAUUGGACGAUGAUCGAUUAAUAUUUAAGUUUUUCAUCCUUGAAUCCUUAUUUUAUAAGUCUAUUCAAAUACAUACAGCAAAUUGCUAAUAGCAAAAAUAUGAAAGUAUUUCUUAUGUGUUAAUUCAGAAACUGACGUUGCAUACUUUGCAUUCUUUUGCUGACGUCAAACAAGUUAAUUAUUUCAAGGAGCGCGGGAGUCUUUAUUGAAGCUUGAUUCUUUUGUUCAGGCAAUUGAAAAAAAGAAUAUGGAAGGAAACAAGCUUACGAAAUAUAUAUGUGAACUAACUUUAAUAUUUAUCAAUCACUGAAGGCUAAAUUUGAAACUAAUCACCUCUAGUAUUAAACUUCAAUAAUAAAAGCUUUGGGUCGGGAGAUCUCCCAGUACAAAACGUAUUUUUAGUAAUCGUCAAUA